CGAAGCCUCGCGGAAGAAGCCGACUUUUUCCGAGCGCAGCUCUGUAUCGUGACGUCAUAUAAUUAGAGUAAAUACAAAGUAGACGAUGGUGUCAGCGUGUUGUUUGUAGUGCUCUGUGAUUAAUAGUGAAAAAAAAUGGAUAAUGCCGACAUACAGCUGGUGGGGGGGCCGUGCGGCCAACACGGGCCGUAUACGUUCUACAAGGCGUUUAAAUACACGAAAAACGGUGUCAAAAGAAUAGUGACUUUGAGUGAAUUUUUCUUUGUUAAGCUGUGGAUUGACUCGGAUUUGUUGUGCAUUGGUGAAUUGCAGUUGUUAUGGAGUGAUAAAAAUAGUGACCAAGUGCUGGCCAGUUUACGGCUUUACUUCCUUCCAGAGAAUACGCCGGAAGGUCGCAUGGACCACGGAGAGGUAAGCAAUCGAAGGUUACGAUGUUAUCAUCUCCAUCAUCAGGACGAAGUGCUGGCAAUCUCCGAAAAAGUCGUCCUGCGAGUGGAAGAUUUAAUAACUUGGAUCACAGUAGAUGCAGAAUGGACGUGGGGUAGAUUAGCCAAGUGCGAAAAGGACGUAAAAGAUCCGCCAAAAAGCGAGGACAACAAAAACACCAUCGGAUCGCUUACUGAAAGCUCCUUGGACUUUUCGGACGUGGAAAAGGAAAGAAAAGCUUCAGAUUGCAACUCGGAGCACUCGGGACCGCCGGUGGUGAUCCUGAGCUAUCCGCGCUACUGCAGAUACCGUGCAAUGAUGAGAAGAUUAGAAGGUGUCGAGAACGAAUACCUCAAAUACAAAAUUGUAAACGCUUUGGGCGGCUUCACAGCCUACACUAAAAACACACGCGUCCUGUUUUGCAAGGACACUUUCGAUUAUCCCGAAUUAGAAGGUCACGAAUUACUUUGCAACCACCUCGCUCCCAAACUCAAAGGCAGACCCAGAGGCAAGCGGAAAAAACGAAGUGUCUCUCCGGGUUCAGAGAGCAACGAAUCAGAGUCUUCAGUAUCAAAUGUGUUCAAUUCGUCUAAAGAGAAUGGUGCUACUGACGGUGGCAAAAACGGGCUACGGUGCGACAACACUCACCUCAGACGCAGCACAAGAGCUACGGAAAGUAACGAAAGCAAAGAUUUCAUCAAAGAAUUGACUGUUUUCAUGAAAACUAACUAUACGCCUAUAGGAAAAAUACCCUCGUUAGGAUACAAAGAACUCGAUUUGUAUUCGUUUUACACCAAGGUGCAAAAGUUGGGAGGCUACGAUUCGGUCACAGCAAAUCGACUCUGGAAGUCUAUUUUUGAUGAUAUGAGCGGGCACGCUAGUAGCACAAGUGCUGCCACCGUCAUACGAAGACACUACGAAAGGUUUUUGCUGCCGUAUGAGCGCCACGUGAAAGGCGAAGAGUACAAGCCGUUGCCAAUUUCAGAAAGACGAAGACUGAAAAGUAAAACUGGAAGCAGCACCAGCGAUGCUGAAACAAGCGAAAGCACAUCAAGGAGUGGCAAUAGCACUCCAGUUCCGGUUACUCCAACCACUCCAACUGAAAACAAGGAAUUUAAUCUACAAGGGAAGACGUCGUCCUUGCGGAGUGUGCGCGUUAAACCGGAAAGACAGAACAAACAAAUUAGUGACAAGUUGAACAUACAAAACAAUAAUAACGAAGUUAAAACCGAAGACGAAUCCGAGGUGAAAUGUGAGGUAGUGGCGGUCAAAGCUGAAGAAACAGUGCCCGAAAAGGACGCCGAACCGUUGACUUCGGCAGUGGCGCCAAUCGCACAAAAACUCACCCCUGAAAAAUCUCAUUCGCCAGUCGAGGGCAAAGAAAACAUCCCCAUCAAAACGGGGGAUACCCCGGCCAAAAGUCCCGAAGUCAUCGAGGUGCCAUACAAACCCAAAACCCCCGAAAUCAUCGACCUUGAAGCGGACACUUACCCCAAAACCACCCUCCACCAACCAUUCCUCCACGAAGUCAAGAAACGCAAAUUAGAGAUUUUGAAGGAAGGCGGUCUCGAAGUGACACCAGUUCGUAGUUUCGCUCCACCCACGUCAACAAAAGAGAUCCGGCCGUCGGUUAUCCAAACAGCAGGAACGCAAGUAGUCCACAGACCAAUCAAAAAUGAAAUGCCACCGCCGCCGCCAAAACGGCCCCAAAUCGCGAUCCCACAAGCCCUUAGCAUAAGUCACGUUAAACUCGAUCAAAAACAACCACCCCCCAAACCAUUCCCAUACGUUAACGGCAACGUCCCCCCCAAAGUCCUCCAAUCGAAAUCAAUCUACUCAUAUUCGGAAAAAACCGUCUACGGCAACCCCAAAGACCUAAUGCCGAGCACCCAACCAGUCCACACCCCCAAGUUCGUGGGCACGCGAACCGGGGGCGACAUCCUCGACCUGACGGUAACCAGCCCCCAAAAACCAAUAGUCGAAAUCAUGAAAAUACCAACCCCCACGCCACAACCCCCCACGUUCACGUCCCCGUCGAAAGUUCCGUACAAACCGCCACUGAUCGACGGCCGCCGGUUAGGCUCAAACCUUGAAAUAACACUAGUUGGGUCAAAUAAACCAAGCGUUCACCAAUCCUCGAAAUACCUACCGCCACCGUCUCUCACAAACUACAACAUGAGCAGAUACCACCCCCAGAAACGUGUAUCGUCCGACCAUUACACCAACCACAAAAUUCCCCGAAUCGACGAAAACGGAAAGUAUGGCAAACUCCCGCCGGCUCCGGUUUUGUCGACUCGGGAGAACAAGUCGUUGGAACUGAGCGUUCCGCAGCCUUAUGGCUCCAGGAACCACCAAGCGCCAAUCAAAAGCGAGGCCAAAGUGCCGCCGCAGAUGCCCCCGGUGUCCAACGCCAAACAUGUACCGGGUCCGGCGUUUCCGUAUUUGUCUCACUUGUACGAGGGUAAUAAGGGGGUGGCGCCCUAUGUGCCCUUUUUGGACCCGAUUUAUUACACGGCAGCGAUGCAAAGUCUGUACUCGCACAGUCCGCUGACUGCGACCCAUCCAAUGCCGCCGUUCCCCUCGACAACGGAACAUUUAAAGUUGUAUUCGGAUUUGUUGGCGCACAAUUCGCGCUUGAAUUUUCCGUUUCCGAUUGGGUCAGAAGGGAAUCCUUCCAUUCUUAACAAUAACAACAGUUUGAAGAAGCCGUAAACAUAUCAGUUUUGGUUUGUUGUUUCUGGUCUUUGAUGGGCACUUGACGUACGUGAUAAAUUUUUUGAUAAAAAGAAUGACAAUAGUAAAAUAUAUUAUACAUACGUGUAAAAAGGUGUGAUUCGAAUAAGUUGUAAAGUAAAUGUUUAUGAAGAUGUGUAUCAUUUACAUGUUAAUGUUGGACCUUUUUUCUUCGGGGUAGAUGUUGAAUGGAUGUUGAUUUUUUUAUUUUGUCUUUUAAGGAUUUGUUUUGUUUUUUCAAUGACUUGGUUGCCGAUGGGGCAAUGUCACACGAUUUCCAAAUGACUAAGUUGUACAGUUGUUGAAUUUGGAAGAAAGUAUUACUGAUCUUUUGCAAACAAGAAGGAAGAAUUUUAUUUGUUAGGUUUAUGUUGUUGUACAUAUAAAGGCCAGAUAAAAAUUAGUAUCUGUGAUUUUAUUAAAUAAAUAUACCAAAUUACAUUGUAUAUAACAUGAUAAUUCCCUAUUUUCUCGAGUUAGUCAAUUAUUUAAGUUUUUAUAACUAAUGUAAAUAGGUACCAUUUACUUUUAUAAUAAUAUAAGUGUUAGUUCACAAUGUUAAGCGACCGCCAUUAUAAAUAAAACUACAACAAAG